GGGCGGGCUCCGGGCCGGAAUUGGGGGUGAAGCUACAGCGCCGUGCCCGCAUUUCGGGGCGCACGGAGCUGAAGGGGGGGUCCCUUGGGGGGGGCGCCCGGAGCUAAGAUGGCGUCUGCUGCUGAGGGGGACGUGGGGGCCGCGGUCGGGCUGACGAGGGUGCUGCAGUGGGCUUUCCAGGACCUGAGCCUGAACAACUUGGCGACGUCCCUGGGCGCGUCAGAGCAGGCGCUGCGGCUCAUCAUCUCCAUCUUCCUGGGUUACCCCUUGGCUUUGUUUUAUCGGCAUUACCUUUUCUACAAGGACAGCUACCUCAUCCAUCUCUUCCACACCUUCACAGGCCUCUCCAUUGCUUAUUUUAACUUUGGAAACCAGAUGUACCACUCCCUGCUAUGUGUCAUCCUUCAGUUCCUCAUUCUGCGACUAAUGGGCCGCACUGUAACUGCUGUUCUCACUACCUUUUGUUUCCAGAUGGCCUACCUUCUUGCCGGAUAUUAUUGGACAGCCACUGGCAACUAUGAUAUCAAGUGGACAAUGCCUCAUUGUGUUCUGACCUUGAAACUGAUUGGUUUGGCUGUUGACUACUUUGAUGGAGGGAAAGAUAAGAAUUCCUUGUCCCCUGAGCAACAGAAAUAUGCCAUACGAGGUAUCCCUUCCCUGCUGGAAGUUGCUGGUUUCUCCUACUUCUAUGGAGCCUUCUUGGUAGGCCCCCAAUUCUCAAUGAACCACUACAUGAAGCUGGUGCACAGGAAGCUGACUGACAAGCCAGGGGAGAUACCAAGCAGCACCAUACCUGCUCUCAAGCGCCUGAGCCUGGGCCUCAUCUACCUGGUGGGCUACGUUUUCCUCAGUCCCCACAUCACAGAAACCUAUCUCCUCACCGAAGACUAUGAGAACCGCGUUUUCUGGUUCCGCUGCAUGUACAUGCUGGUCUGGGGCAAGUUUGUGCUGUACAAAUACGUCACCUGUUGGCUGGUCACAGAAGGAGUAUGCAUUUUGACGGGGCUGGGCUUCAAUGACUUUGAUGAAAAUGGAAAGGCAAAGUGGGAUGCCUGCGCUAACAUGAAGGUGUGGCUCUUUGAAACAACCCCCCGUUUCACCGGCACCAUCGCCUCUUUCAACAUCAACACCAAUGCCUGGGUGGCCCGUUAUUUCUUCAAACGACUCAAGUUCCUUGGAAAUAAAGAACUCUCCCAGGGUCUCUCAUUGCUAUUCUUGGCCCUCUGGCAUGGCCUGCACUCAGGAUACCUGAUCUGCUUCCAGAUGGAGUUCCUCAUUGUUAUCGUGGAAAGGCAGGCUGCCAGCCUAAUACGAGACAGCCCAACCCUGAGCAAUCUGGCUUCCAUUUCUUUCCUACAACCCUUCUUCUAUUUGGUGCAGCAGACCAUCCACUGGCUCUUCAUGGGUUACUCAAUGACUGCCUUCUGCCUCUUCACGUGGGACAAAUGGUUUAAGGUGGCCUACAGCAAGACUGGUGCAGAAAUAACUUGUCUCCCUUUCUACACUCCGCUCCAGAGCAGAGAACACAGAAGCCAGGGAGUAGAAAGACAUGGCACUCCCAGCUGCGCCUCUGUGGACAGCCAAGUCUUCAUUUGGGCCAAAGGGGAAACUCUCGUGGGAGGAGUAGAGGGGCCCAUGUCUCCCCUCCGGACUCCCCCAUGCACGUUGCCUUAUCUCCCCCCUCUAACCAGGAAUCUGUUGUUUUUCUUCUGCCAAUUUACUAUGAUUGUAUAUGUGCUGCCACCAUCACUCCCCCCAUGGGGGGGUGAGGAGGGGCAUAAGGCCCUGCCUGCUCCACUUUUUCUACCUUGGAACUGUACCAGAUAAAAAUCACUUCUGUUUGUUCAAUUUUUCA